UGUCGAAAUUCGUCGCAAUCGGUAAGGUAGAGUUCUGUUCUGCCAAUUUCCCUUCAUUGUCGUUCUUUGAUAGGAUCAGUGUUGUGAUCUUCUGAAAAAGGAAAUAUAUAAUGCCAGAAAUGACGGAGGUGGACAAAAAAGCAGUGCCUGAAGCAAAACCGGAAAGCGAAUCUUCAACAGACUCCGAAUCUGAUGAUGAAAUACCAGAAUUGGAGGAUGCCGGGGCAGCAGCUGCAGCUGGAAACGCAGCUUUCCCAGGCUCAGCUGCGGCCGGUCUGCCCAUCGACAUGGUCUCGAAGGCUAAGCAAUCUCGUGGCGAAAAGAAAGCCAGAAAAAUUAUGUCCAAAUUGGGGUUAAAACCAGUAGCUGGGGUAAGCAGGGUGACGAUCCGCAAAUCCAAAAACAUUUUGUUCGUGAUCAACAAACCCGACGUUUAUAAAAACCCGGUGAGCGACACCUAUAUUGUGUUUGGCGAGGCUAAAAUCGAGGAUUUGUCUCAGCAAGCGCAGGUGGCUGCCGCGGAGAAGUUUAAAGAGGUGAAUCCAGCGGGGGAGGGGGCGGCUGGUAGCACCACCACCUCGGUGGCGCCCAUAGCGGAGGAGAGCGAAGACGAGGAGGUUGAUGAGUCGGGGGUGGAGGAUAAGGAUGUUGAGUUGGUUAUGUCGCAGGCUAAUGUGAGUCGGUCGAAGGCCAUUAAGGCUCUGAAAAACAACCAGAACGAUAUAGUCAACGCCAUUAUGGAACUGACAAUGUAAACCCGACGGCGACAGCAACAAUAAUUGUUUUAUCAUCAUCAUCUUGUUCAUCAUCUUUUUGUUUUCAUUUAAUUCUCAUCGAAAUUGGACACUCGAGAAUAAAUCAGUGUACAUACAUACAAUAAAAACUUAGUCAUUA